UGUAUUUCCAUUUCCAUUUCUCGCUCUGGAAGACUCUGAUUGGUUGAUUCUCUUACGUUACAUGCGUUAUACAUUAAGCAAGAGACUGUGCUUCGGUGGAUGGCCUCCUUUCAAUUUUUCCGACCAAGAAACAAAACAAAUGGCGCAAACUUCAGAGAGUGUGACGUAUAGUAGGUAAAACCCCCUGGUUUUAUCACGAGUCACAAUAGGUAUUAAAUAUCGUUGCGUCGUGGCAAAAGAAUACUAUAUAGUUUUGUUAUUUUAUCGUUUCGUGACUCUUGGUAAUGUGUUCAGAGUGUUUUUUAUCGUCAAGUUUUUAAGUAGUUCUAACGAUAGUAAAAAAUCUGUGACUUGAAACGCAAGGAUUAGGUGAUUGAUAAAAUUAGAAUUAGUACAACUUUAAACAAGUUAUUAUCAAAACGGUAAUAUGGAUUUAUUAUUCUUCUCGUCUAUAGACGAGGCCACAAAAUCUUGGCUUGACACUCUACAUCGAAUGUGGGGGUUGUGGAAAAAAUGUGAUGGUGUAAGCAAAACUUUAACGGAUUACUUUGAAACAGCACCAAAUCCAUAUCUCAGCACACUAAGAAUUCUUGUCAAUACCAAAGAUUUUGAUCAAAAUACAAACAGCAAAUCACUUGCAUAUGCAGUGAUAGAAGAAUUUUCAAAUUGGAUGGAAGAAAGAAAACAUGGAUAUACAGAAUUUCUUGUACCUGAUUUGAAGUUAGCAACCUUCAAAUUAGUAAGACAGAAACAUAUGAAACAACUGCUUCUGAUCAAGAAAAUAUCUACCACAUACAGUUUUGUGGACCAUAAGGAUAUAUUUUUGCCAGAAAUAAAGGAAAUGUUACGUAACAAAAAUUACAAAGAAGCUGCACAAUAUGCAGCAAUGCUGCAAUUACAGGAGCACUUUUCAGAUCCAAAAAUUUUAUUAUUACCCCUUAUAUUACAAAACAAGCAACAAGUAGUAGAUGAAUUUUUAGUUGAUUGUCCAGAUAUUCAAAAUACUUUAAUAACUUAUCUAGACAGUUUAAUAGCACCAGGAAGAAAUAUAGAACAUACUCUUGAACAAUUUGUUUUUGAAAAUGACAUACCAGAAGUUAAAGUAUCACUAGCACAAGGUCGUUCCUUAAGCAGACUUAUUGCACGUCUGAUAAAACAAUACAAUUUAUCACCAGAUUCUUGCCCUCAUUUAAAUACAAAACGAAAUGAAGGCGCUUUACAGUUUCUUAUACAUAAGCGUUAUGUGGAUGGUAGCUUAAAUGUUGCAAGUUGGAGAGAAAUGGUACGAGAGGCCAUUGGAAAUGAUACUAAAUUACAAAUAGAAUUACUCCCAAUGUUGACUCAUGUUAAUGAUGCGGAAGAAGGAUUAUAUUGGGCAAAAGAAUAUAAUAUACCUAAACAGCAAUGGCCAUGGGCCAUAGUAUUUGCGGGAGAACAAAAGAGCGAAGAAGGAGCGUCCACAAGUAGAGACGAACAUUCGGAAGCAGGUAGCAGUAGUACUGAAGAUAACAUACAUUAUCAUAUCUUAAAAUUACCAAGAGAAUCUAUCAAAGUGAUAGAUAACGGGCGUUUAUUUGAGGAAUUCCUUGAUAAUGGAUUGAAAUGUGUAAAUAUGGUUGGACUUGAUCUAGAAUGGAAACCUAGUUUUGGAACUAAACAAACAGAACUGGCUCUUAUGCAAAUAGCAACCGAAGAUAAUGUUUAUAUAUUAGAUGUAACUACGCUUGGUAAUGAAUUAAGUGAACUUUGGGCCGAACUUGGUCUCACAUUAUUUGAGAACAAGAAUAUUAUCAAAAUUGGAUUUGGAAUUUCAAAUGACAUGACAGUCAUUCGUAACAGUUUACCUGUUUUAUCUUCCGUCAAAACAUAUGGCCAAGGUUAUUUAGAUCUAAUGCUUUUGUGGAGGAAGUUAGUGGAAGAAUACAAUUUUGUUUUUCCAUACAAAGGCGAUUCAAAUUUUACGGGCAAGAGCUUAAGUAAACUCGUUGAAUUAUGUUUUGGACAAAGACUUGACAAAUCCGAUCAGUUUUCUAACUGGGAGCUGAGACCAUUGAGAGAAAGUCAAAUAAUAUACGCUGCAUUGGAUGCAUAUUGUUUAUUGGAGAUAUAUGACGUACUACGAGAAUUUUCAUUGAAUAUGGAAAUACCAUUUGAUGAUAUUUGUGCUGAGAUUCAGCAUAUUCGACACACACAAAUCAAAGGAAACACAAAUAAGUUUGUGCCUGUAAACAAGAAACCUAUGUAUUUGAAUUUACCAAAUAAUAAAAGCAAUGAGAAUUAUCGCGCAAACUUGGGCGCUUCACCGAAGAAUAUCGCACCUAAAUACGGACCUACAUUCAAACACGAAAAUCAAAGAUACACGCAAAGUAACAAUAAUCAGAAGUAUCCAAAUAUUGGAUUAGUUAACGACGCUAGACAGACGCGUCAACGAAGAAACAACGAUAAUUAUGAUAAUAAUCAGAGUGUACCUUAUUUAGGAUUCUUCAGGCAUCCGCUAAUUGAGAAACUUAACUAUAAAAAACAGAAUAAUUAUAAACAAUAUAAUCAGAAUAGACGUCCGCAUAAUGAAACAAUUAACAGUGGAAGACCUACAAAUUAUAGAAAAUACGAUAACUAUCGUAGACACGAUAAUAAUGAUGGUCGUAAACACGAUAAUUAUGAUAGUCAUAAACACUAUAAUUAUGACGGUCGUAGAUACGAUAAUUUUGAUGGUCGUAGAUACAAUAAUCAGAAUAGAGGUGGCAAUCAAAAUAGAUACGGUAACUGUAAUAGAUAUGAGAAACGGGAAGAUAAAGGGGAAGAGUUUCAGAAUGAACCAGAUAUCCGGAGCAAGAUGAAACAAAAUGAAGUUAAUACAAAUGGACAAUCUGUAUCACGACAACAUGAAUUUUCAAUCGCCGCUCAUACGUGGCGUGUUGUAUGCGAUUCGAUGUUAGGUGGCUUGAGCAUCAAAUUGCGAAUGUGCGGUGUGGAUUGCAUGCAUAUGUUAUUUGAUCAGGGCGGAGACGAUUCGGCCAAAUUGGCAAUGCGUGAGAACAGAGUUUUUCUGACACGUAACAAAAACUGUGAAAAAUUUCAGCAAUAUCUACCGUUAGAGAGUUGCUAUAGAAUAAUCGCUGACACACCUGAAAAACAAUUACGCGAAGUUUUGAAUCAUUUUGGUGUUGUGGUCACGCAAAAUGAUAUUUUUAGCCGAUGUCAAAUAUGUAACUGCGACGAAUUUGUGAAAGUUCCAAAAAAAUUAAUGGAUGAUAUUGUACAAAACUUUGCCAAGAUUAUAAAGAUGAACAAUUAUCGGCUCUCGUCUGACAGUAUGCCCGAUAAUCUAUCGAAAAACGAUGAUUACAAUUCGAGCGACAGUUUUGAGCUGCCUCGAAAUCCGAAUUAUUUCACGAACAGUGAGCAUCGCACGUGGAACCUGUCCACGGGUACAGUCGAUGUAGCAACAUGUACAACUAAGUAUCAGAUGCGAAUACAAAUUGACAAAGUCCCCAUAAAUGUCUUGAAAAACGUGCAAGUAUUUUAUAUUUGCGAACAUUGUGGCAAGGUAUAUUGGGAUGGCUCACAUUUGGAACGAGCUUUGAAUGGUGUUAUCAAAGAUUUAAUCGUUAAAGAGUAAGUAAAUGUGUGAUAAGAAAAACUUGAGAAAGAGAUAUAUGCUCAAAGAAAGGAUUAAGAAAACAAAUAAAGAAAAAUCAAAAAAAGUUAUCUUUAACUGAAACUUUUACCUUGAUGUGCAUGAUAUAAUGUUAUAUUCUGAUUUUUCACACAAAAUUAUAUAUAUAUAUUUUAUUCAUAUAUUACAUAUAUUUACAUAAUAAAAAUACGUGCAUGUAUUUUUUAUUGAAGAAAAAACCCACGUUGACUUAAAGCAACAAAAACAGUGAUAAUGUAAAAAAUCUAAGAUCUUUAGUAGAUUUUUAUAACUCUAUGUACAUAUAUAUAUUUCUCGAAAAUAUAUAUUUGUAUAUAUAAAUUUUAUAGAUUUCCAACGCUGUUAUGUUAUAUAGCGAAGUUUUGUUCCUUAUCUGAUAAAUAAAAGUAUAAUUAUUCUAUUUCUUCUUGUUUUAUUUAUUCUCUUACUAUUUAAAUAAACAGUUGCAAAGCACGAUAAUGGCGAUUGUGUGUAUAUACAUAUAUAUAUUGAUGACAUAAAAAAAAUCUCGAAAAAAA